AUGACCUCGUCCGCUUCCCCCCGGGAAACACCCGAAUCGGCCCUCCCUAAAGAGGGCCGGGUCGAUGAUCGGCCCGAUGAAUCUAUCUCCAUCGACAAGGAGCCGACAGAGCCUAUUAAGCCUGCUUCAUUGUCUAGUUACUUGAGAAUUCUCUCCUAUGGCGCGAGGAAUGGUGGCAUCUUUGCCAUGAUUGUGGGCAUGAUUUGUGCUAUGGGAUCUGGAAUUGCUCUCCCUUUGAUGAACAUCAUCUUCGGGAAGAUCGUGGGAGACUUCAACUCGUAUUCCUUGCCAGACACGUCUUUGAAUGAGCACACCUUCAAGUCAUCUCUUGUACAUUGUGUACCUCUUUAUCGGCAAGUUUGUACUCACCUACAUUGCCAUGGUAAGUCUGCGCAAUGUGAAAUAGACAGACUCAAGCUCAUCUAUCAGAUUUGUUUCCGAAUCAUCAGUCUCUAUGCCUCAGCAUCCUUGCGACUGGAAUAUACACGGGCGCUGUUUUCGAUGCCAAUCAGCAAACUAGACGAAAUCUCAGUAGGCACUGUGAGCAACGCAAUCACAGCACAGUCCAACACAAUCCAACAAAGUGUCUCGGACCGUCUUGCCAUACUCUGCCAAUCAAUCGCCCUACUAGUCGCAGCAUACGCCAUCGCAUUCCGCUACUCAUGGGCACUAACGCUCGUCGUCAGCUCGGCAAUUCUCUUCGUUGUCAUUUGCUUCUGUUUGACAGUCCCCCUGCUCAUCAAAGGCCAACAACACGUCGACCAAGCAGAUAACAAACAUGCUUCCAUUGCAGCUGAUGCGUUCGGAUCUAUUCGCACGGUAUUCUCAUUGGGUGCCGAAGAGUCUUUGACCAAAAAGCACUCGCAGUGGAUCGAGGAGGCUCGCAAACGUGGUCUGGGUAUGUCACUGGUGACAGGAACACAUCUAGCCACUCUGUUCUUUGCCAUGUAUGUCAGCUUUGCGCUGGCAUUCUGGUAUGGAUUGAAGCUCUACCGAGAAGGGCACAUUGCAAACAUCAAUACCGUGAUCACGGUGUUUUUCUCUGUGCUGCUGGUUGUCACAGUCAUGGGAGGAAUUGCCUCACCUUUAAUGGCAAUCUCCAAAGCAAUAAGUGCCUCCGGUGCAUUCUUUGGCGUCAUAGACUCAGAACCAGCGCCUCUGGACGGUCUGCGCGACCCAGACGUCACCAGCCAGGCCGAUAUAGUAUUCGAAAACAUAUCCUUCGCGUAUCCCACUCGACCAGAUACCCAGGUUCUGAAGGGUUUCAGUGCAUGUUUCCCGCGUGGUAAGACGACAGCGCUCGUUGGACCGUCGGGAUCUGGAAAAAGUACCAUCGUCGCGUUGAUUGAGAGAUGGUAUCGGAUUGAAGCAUCGGAUGAUGCGAGCGAUACAACAGGACGGAUCCUUGUUGAUGGGCACAACAUCAAUGAUCUGGACGUGAGAUGGUGGCGGUCCCAGGUGGGACUUGUCCAACAAGAACCGUUUCUUUUCAAUGAUUCCAUCUACCAGAAUGUUUCUUAUGGGCUGAUUGGAUCUAAAUGGGAGAACGAGUCUGAUGCUGUGAAGUUGGAGCUGGUGAGCACGGCUUGUAAAGAGGCAUAUGCGGAUGAGUUUAUUGAACGGUUACCCGAGAGAUAUUCCACAAUGGUCGGUGAAGGCGGAAUCACCCUGAGUGGUGGGCAGCGCCAGAGGCUUGCCAUUGCCCGGAGCAUUGUUGGCCAGCCUCCCAUACUCGUACUUGACGAAGCGACUAGCUCAAUCGACGUGCGCGGUGAAAAGGUUGUACAGGCUGCGUUGGACAGAGUCUCCAAAGACCGAACCACCAUUAUGAUCGCCCAUCGCUUGUCGACAGUUCGUAGAGCGGACAAUAUUGUUGUCAUGAAGGAUGGAGCGUGCGUGGAGCAAGGAUCUCACCAAGAACUGAUGCUGCAAGGUGCCAUCUACCACAGUCUUGUGAAUGCCCAGCAGCUGGAACCGCUUGACGAUAGCUCAGACGACGGGGCCGAGGGUUUGCUUAUUUCCCAAAAAGAAGAAAUUCGCCCGCACGACUACCCGGUUGAUGGUGACGGAGAAAAAGAAGAGGAGUCGCAGACUCCCAAAAAAGCCAAGACUAAAGGCCUGGCUCACAGCCUGGGCAUUGUUUUUUACGAGCACCGCGGUCACUGGAUUCUUUACUUGUUUACCAUUGUGUCUGCCAUUGGGGCUGGAUCUGGCUAUGCAUUGCAAAGUUGGCUUUUUGCUCAGCUGAUACAGGUCUUCCAGUUCACAGGUCAAAAACUGGUAGACCAGGCCAAUUUCUGGGCCUUGAUGUUCUUCGUCCUCGCUAUUGCCAUGGCUAUCUUCUACUUUCUACUAGGCACAUCUGCCAACACAAUGUCGAUGCAUGUUGGAUCAACAUAUCGCAAAGAGUAUUUUGCCAACACCCUGAAGAAGCCUAUCUCAUUCUAUGACCGAGAGGAAAACUCAUCAGGGACACUGAUAUCACGACUCUCACUAGAUCCAAAACAAAUACAGGAUCUCCUAGGGCCUAUGGGAGUGUUUCCUCUUAUAUCAAUCUUCAAUGUGAUCGGAUGUGUGGCAAUCUCGUUCUCUUUUGGAUGGAAGCUAGCAGCAGUGACCUUCUUUGGGGCGAUGCCCUUCAUUCUGUUUGCGGCUUUCAUGCGAAUUCGCUACGAAACACAUUUCGAAUCCAUGAAUGCCGAGGUGUACGCAGACAGCUCUAAGUUCGCGACUGAAGCAAUCAGAGCCUUUCGCACCGUUUCCGCUCUUACAAUGGAGACGACCAUCAUUGAUCGAUACUCGGGUUUGUUGAAGGAACAAAGAUCAAAGGCUUUCCGCAAGUCCUGGUACGCGACCUUGGUCUUCGCUUUCUCCGACAGUGUUGAGCUGUGUGCUAUGGCACUCACCUUCUGGUAUGGAGGGCAGCUUUUGGCAUCUCGUGAAUAUGACCCGGUGGCGUUCUUUGUCGUCUACAUUGCCAUUAUCCAGGGUGGCCAGGCAGCUGGGCAAUUCCUCUCCUUUGGUCCUAACGUAGCACAAGCCAAGGCCUCCGCAAACCGAAUGUUCUCCUCCCGAAAUCCCUCCGAGGGGCAACUUGAAUGCCCAACCGCCGAGCCUAUGCCAAGGGAUCUUCGUCCCUCGGUUGAGCUCCGUGAUGUCUCCUUCAGCUACCAGUCUCGCAAUAUCACGACUUUUGUUGACCUCAACAUUUCCAUUGACAGUGGUCAGUUUGUUGCCUUUGUCGGCCCCUCUGGCUGUGGUAAGUCCACGGUCAUCUCGCUACUGGAAAGAUUCUACGACCCCAUCGGCGGGAAGAUUCUGUUUGGUGGGCAGGAGAUAUCAUCUAUCCAAAAAUCGUCAUAUAGAAGAGCCUUGUCUCUAGUCGCACAGGAACCAAAAUUGUUCGAGGGCAGUAUCCAAGAGAACCUGCUUCUGGGCAUUGAAGACACUCAAGAUUCACAGACAGAAGAGCGCAUGAUCCAGGCAUGCAAGGAUGCCGAGAUCCACGAUUUCAUCACCUCUCUCCCGGACGGCUAUCAAACAGGAUUAGGCGUCAAUGCUCAAACUUCACUCAGCGGUGGUCAAAAGCAGCGAUUGUGCAUUGCCCGAGCGCUAAUCCGGAAACCACUCCUUCUCCUACUGGACGAAGCUACAUCUAGUCUGGAUUCUCAUUCGGAGAAGCUUGUUCAAGAGGCCAUGGAGCGGUUAGCCGGUAAGAAAAACAUGACUAUCAUUGCAGUUGCGCAUCGUCUGGCGACUAUCCAAAAGGCAGAUGUGAUUUUUGUCUUUGGCGAGGGUGCAAGGGGCCAGGGAUCCAAGAUUCUUGAAAAGGGCUCACAUCAUGAAUUGCUACGCAACAAAGGGCCUUAUUGGCAGAUGUGUCAAGCACAAGCUUUGGAUCGGUAG